CGCGACCCUUCCUUCCUUCCUGCCUGCCUUUUCACUGUUAAAAAUAUUGCUGAAAAUAAAAGUUCCCUUCCCCUUCCGACGAUCUGUACAGCUCCCUCUUCCACACGGCAGCGUCUUCUUCUUCUUCCUUCCCAAAAGACUUCCCCUGCAAAUUCUCCUCCGCCACCGCAAACUUUCCCAAUCCAGAACCAGCUACUACACUUCUCUCAUCCAUUUUGAAACUCUUACCUCCUGCCGCUUCCAGCGGGCUGAGAGAUGCAGUGGUGGUGAUUCAGGGUGGACAUAGACUGGUGGUGAGCUUUUUGGCCUGACUGGGAGAUGGGGUUCGAUUGGAGCUUACCGUUCGGCGGAUUGGGGGGUUCGAUUGGGGAACCGGAUGCAGCACCUGUUCAUUCCAUUACAUUGUUCGUGGCGCUCCUCCUCACUUGCAUUCUGAUUGGUCAUCUUCUCGAGAAGAGCCGGUGGAUGAAUGAGUCCAUCACUGCUCUUGUGAUUGGUGUCGUUACUGGAAUUCUUAUCCUUGUGACAACUGGGGGAAAAAGCUCGCGCAUUUUGAUUUUCGAUGAAGAGAUUUUCUUCAUUUAUCUUCUUCCUCCCAUCAUAUUCAAUGCUGGGUUCCAGGUGAAAAAGAAACAGUUCUUCCGCAACUUUAUGACAAUCACAUUGUUCGGUGCUGUUGGGACGUUGAUAUCAUUUGUCAUCAUAUUCCUUGGAUCAAGGAAGUUAUUUAGUAUACUGGGCAUUGAUUUCUUGGACACAAUGGACUUUCUAGCACUGGGAGCAAUUUUUUCAGCAACAGACAGCGUUUGCACCUUACAGGUGCUCAGUCAGGAAGACACACCUUUACUGUACAGUUUAGUGUUCGGGGAAGGGGUGGUCAAUGAUGCCACAUCUGUUGUUCUAUUCAAUGCGAUCCAGCGCUUUGACCUCUCCCACAUCACCUCAAGCAUAGCUUUACAGUUGCUUGGCAGCUUUUUAUAUUUGUUUUUCACAAGUACCUUGCUCGGCAUUGCUAUUGGGUUACUGAGUGCUUACAUCAUAAAGAAGCUUUACUUUGGCAGGCAUUCUACUGAUCGUGAAGUUUCUCUGAUGAUGCUCAUGGCAUAUCUUUCAUAUGUUAUGGCUGAAUUGUUUGAUCUAAGUGGUAUCCUCACUGUGUUCUUCUGUGGAAUUGUAAUGUCACACUAUACAUGGCAUAAUGUGACUGAAAGCUCAAGAGUCACUACCAAGCAUGCUUUUGCAGCAUUGUCAUUCAUAUCAGAAAUUUUUAUUUUCCUGUAUGUUGGUAUGGAUGCCUUGGAUAUCGAGAAGUGGAGGAUUGUUGCCAAGAGUCCGGCAACAUCAGCUGGUGUGAGCUCAGUAAUGCUUGGGAUGGUUCUUUUAGGGCGAGCAGCUUCUGUCUUCCCUCUUUCCUUUAUAUCCAAUUUGUUUAAGAAGUCUGACAAUGAUAAAAUUCAAUUCAAGGAGCAGAUUAUCAUAUGGUGGGCUGGACUCAUUAGAGGAGCUGUUUCCAUGGCACUUGCUUACAACCAGUUCACGAGGGCAGGAUACACACAGCUACAAGGAAAUGCGUUUAUGAUCACUAGCACCAUCACAAUUGUUCUGUUUAGUACGGUGGUGUUCGGGUUAGCAACCAAGCCUCUUAUUAGGUGGUUGCUACCAGGCCACACCGCAAGGAGUUCAGAGCUAGAAGAUGAUGCGAAAGCUCUUUCUCUACCUCUUCUUGGGAUCAGUCAAGAUCCGGGAGCAGAGACGAGUACUGAUAACAUUCAGCGCCCAGUGAGUCUACGGAUGCUUCUGACCAAGCCGACUAAUACCGUACAUUACUACUGGAGAAAAUUCGACGAUGGUUUUAUGCGCCCUGUGUUUGGAGGGAGAGGUUUCACACCUUUUGUUCCAGGAUCGCCGAUAGAGAGGAGCCUUCAUGGCGGCAAGUAGCGGAACAUGACCACAAACUGUACGGUUGUAUAUUGGGGAAGGUUUUAACCACUUUGUUCUGUACAUAGAUCAUAUAUGUACGACGACAUAUUGAACAGAAAACUGCACUGUGUUUUCUGCUAAGAGUGUGCGUGCUGUAAUAUAGAGGUGGAGAGCAGGGGAACUAGAAUUAUUGAGCAAAAGUUUUGAUUUUAGCGCUAACAUUCUGGAAAUUGAUUAAGGGGUCUUUUGCUUCAAGGAUUUUAUAACGAGGGUUCUGUCAUGGAUUUGUUAAUUAAAAACCUUGGGAUUUAUUAGGUAUUUUGGGCAUUAUGGAUUUGAGGAAAUCCUUUGUUUGUUGAGCUAUUUUUAUCAUGAAUUUGAUGA